AUGACAGGCACCACCCAGCUGACAGCCAAGGACAUUCGCUACCGAAUACAGAAGUCUCAAGCCAAGGGCAUCGUGACCACAGAGACCCUGGCCCCAGUGGUGGACUCGGUGGCUUCUGAAUGUCCCUCUCUGAAAACUAAGCUCGUGGUGUCUGACCACCACCUUGAAGGGUGGCUGGACUUCCGGUCACUGGUCAAAUCAGCUUCCCCAGACCACACCUGUAUUAAGUCAAAGACCCUGGACCCAAUGGCUGCCUUCUUCACCAGUGGAACCACCGGCUUCCCUAAGAUGGCAAAACACAGCCAUGAACUUGCUUUACGAUCUUCCCUCCCUUCCUGCAAGAAAUUGCUACAGUUGAAGACGUCCGAUAUCGUUUGGUGCCUGUCGGACCCAGGCUGGAUUCUGGCUGUCUUAGGGGCCAUGCUUGAACCAUGGACUGCAGGGGCUACUGUUUUCAUCCAUCAGCUGCCCCAGUUUGACCCCAAUGUCAUUGUACAGACAUUCUUCAAAUACCCCAUCACCCAAUGCAUUGGUGCACCGUCCACUUACCGGAUGAUCAUGCAGCAGAAUUUCACAAGUCUCAGGUUCCCAGCCCUGGAACACUGCAGCACUGGCGGGGAGGCUCUGUUGCCUGAAGAGCUAGAGAAGUGGAAAAAACAGACAGGCAUUCUGAUCCAUGAGUUCUACGGACAGUCGGAAACGGGACUAACAUGUGGUGUUCUUAGAGGAACAAAGAUCAAGCCGGGUUCCUUGGGGAAGGCCAUCUCACCCUUUGAUGUUCAGAUCAUUGACGGCAAGGGCAAUAUCCUGCCUCCCAACACUGAAGGAAAUAUUGGCGUCAGGAUCAAGCCCACCAGACCCACUGGCCUCUUCAUGUGCUAUGAGAACGACCCAGAAAAGACAGCUCAAGUGGAAUGUGGGGACUUUUACAAUACCGGGGACAAAGCAACUAUUGAUGAAGAGGGUUACAUCUGGUUCCUGGGGAGAAGCGAUGAUGUCAUCAAUGCCUCUGGGUCACUCCUCCAUGUAUUGGAACUUGCGGUUAGCAGCCCAACUCGUAACCGUGAACAGGUGGUAAAGGCGUUUAUCGUCCUGGACCCGAAAUUCCUGUCCCAUGACCAGGACCAGCUCACCAAGGAGCUGCAGCAGCACGUGAAGACAGUGACGGCCCCGUACAAGUACCCGAGGAAGGUGGAGUUUGUCCCAGAGCUGCCCAAAACCAUCACUGGCAAGAUCAAACGGAGUGAACUUCGGCAAAAAGAGCUUGGGCGGAUGUAA